AUGAGAGGAGUCUUGUCAGCCCUGUUCACUGUUGCUCUCGCUGUUUUACCCACACAAUUGAAAGGUUCUCCUAAGUGCUUGGUAAGGGUCAGUAGUAAAAAUGAACUUGAUUUGUUCAUUAAGCAACAAAUUCGAAAGAAAAACAAUUUAAGUUUGUUGAUAAGUUUCAAUUCAUGCAUGAAAGAGCUCUAUGUUUCAAAUAAGAUUUACAGUAGUUUUGUUUCCAUUGUUGUGAAUUUGCCUUUUCAAUAAAGAGGAACAAUGCAUUAGUGACAAGUUUUCUAAGGCUGUAUCUAUAAGAUACAUUUUCUUUGUAUUGUCGACUUCGCGUUUAUCAUUUCGUCGCAACAAAAAAAAAUUAAAAAGCUAACAGAACUAUGUGCAUAAAUCACAGUAAAACUAAACCGAUUUCUCCAGAUACUACUACAGUCAAGCAAGUGACACAGCGAGAAGAAAAAAUCAUCCUUACAUCUUUUAUAUUUAACUCACUUAAAUUAACCCAAUAAGAAUGAUAUGAAAACUAUGAAAUUCCGCGGGUAGUUCGAUAGAUAUUUCGCUGUUCGAAUUUUGACUUGGGCAGUGGCAGUGCGCUAGUUUUCCUGUCAAAACUAUUAUUGAUAAUUAUUGGCUUAAAAAUUGCUUUAUUUUCUUCUUAAAAUUGAAGUAUUUCUCUAAUUUAAAAUUGAUUAAAAUUUCUAUAACAUUUUUGUUUUUCAGAACCUUGAUCUUCUGACCUACGAAGAGGAACCUUGCACCACUAUGAGAACAGGAAUGAUUCGUUCUUCUUCUGAUAGCGGUCACACUCUCUUAGAAGUCUGCUCCAAAAGAAAGUGGAAGCCGUACUUUCCCCAGUGUAACCCUCUUAAGGGUUGCUAUAGCAACCGGGUAGCUGGUUUGGUUGGGCAUUGGCGUAUGGAUGAGCAAACUGGAAACGAGGUCGCUGAUGACUCAGGCCAUGAGAACCACGGCUCAGCCAGCGGCGCCGUGUCUAAGCUGUCCAAGUUCUCACGUGGACGUUUCUUCAACGGUAAUAGUGCACAGGUUACCAUUCGAAACGCUGCCAUCUUAAAUUUUGGAUAUUCGAGCUUCACUGUUGUCGGAUGGGCGAAGAUUUUGGAUCACUCAUAUCCGCUGACAACCUUUGCUGUCAGGAAAGGGUUUGGCUGUUAUUAUGGACCAGGUCGUUCUGGAUGGGUUCCCGGAUGGGAAACAGGACAUGGUUACCAAGCUAAGGGUCUGCUCGUGUGCAUCCGGGAUAAGCGGAACAAAAUGGUUUCUCGAGUGCUGUCAUUCGACAAUGGCUACCAACCGCCUCAGAUGCUUGGCAAAUGGGUCCACUACGCUGUUGUGUUUGAUCGUGAUCAACAGAAGAAAGUUUUUGUUUACGUCAACGGCAAAAGGCAGUCUAACAGCUUGGAUAUCUCAGCUGUUCAGGGAAGUGUGGAUAACAGCAGACCACUUGAGUUCGGUCAACUUUAUGGCUGGAAAACCAAGGGGACCCUGGACGAAUAUAGACUGUACAACAAAGCCCUUGACAAGUUCGAAGUUGCUGCCAUCUACAAAAACCACCUCAUGUAACUAAGCAGCGUUUUUUUUCUCUUGUUUUGCUAAAUGAGGGUAUCGUAUACAAAAACGUAGACUGUAAUAAAGUACUUUUGGCAACAGGAAAGUGUCAAAGCAAUACUCUUUAAAGUAAAAUAAAGAAUAAACUUGGGGAGUGAUAUCUACUCCAAAUUAUUCGGCUUUUUU